AUGGAGAGCCAAAAUUUGAUUGAAAAAAUAACCCACGGUGCAGAAGGAGCAUUCAAGUUUGUAGGUGACAGAGCCGCAGAUGCAGUGCAAAUAGUAAACGACAACAAAGGCCCAGUAAUCGAGAAGUGCGGGGAUCUUCUUAAGACCGCCCAGGGAGCAAUAGUUACUGGAGCAAAUGCUAUAAACACCUCAGUUGUACAGCCUUCAUUUGUAGCAGCACAAUUGGCAGCAAAGGACUUAGCCCAAAACGGCCCAGUCUAUAUAGAGAACGGGGCAUGGUAUGUUAGAAGCAACGUAAUCCCAAUCUUCAUUGGAGCAACUUUUGCAACAGCUAUAAUUGCAAUAAUCAUGAUCAUAAGAUCACUCAGAAAGCAAGAAUAA